AUGGCUACUGAACAGGAAGGUCGACGUCGUGGUCUGCAGAGGUCGACCGUGGCAGAGAAACUCGCGAAGGAGUGGUUCGGCUGCAGGACUGGGUGGGGCUCCAGCUGGAAGGAUGGUGGCCGCGACAAGAAGGGUGAAGGCUCCCAGUGGUGGAAGAAGGACGACGACCCGUGGGACGAGGACCCCAAUGACAUGUCCGGCAUCGAUGUGAGAAAGUGCAAGAAAUGCAAGCACAACUGGUCCUAUGUGCGGGAGGGUGGUGAGCUCUACAUCUACUCGGCCAACCGAGAGAACCUCUGGGAUCCCUACAGCAAGGGCAGUGGAGGCCGGUGGGACCUGAAGGACUUUGCCAACUACAUUGAGCCCACCUUGGCGAAGAAGAAGAAGAAGAAGAAGAAGAACAGGGGCAAGCAGCGAAAGGUGUGGUGGGCCAAGGUCAAGGGGUGGAAGGAUGCCGGCGAGCCGGAGUUUCAGCCACCGAGUGAUGAAGAGGAAGAAGAUCCAGGCCAAGAGGGCCAAGAGCAAGCCGAAGCGGUGCCUUUCCGGCAGAAAGACUUUCAGAGUUUCCUGUGUUGCUUGUGUUUUCUUUGUUCCCGCGAAGCCAAGGCCCAGCAGCACCCGAAGCCAAAGGCCAGGCCCCUGGUUAUCCCGAAGAACCCUCCACCGGCUACUGGGCUGCACUGUGUGGCUACACUGUUCUUGUGUCUGCUACAUGCAUGUGCUUUGUGUGCUCUCUCACACGAGGCACCUCCAGAGAAGAGGGGCAGGAGCUGCGAAGCAGCAGAGAAGAGGAGGGACGGGUCGCCAGCCUCCAUGCGGAGCUAUCAGAGCUGGACCAAAGUGGAUGGCGAGCCGGACGAGGAUACAUGCAGAAUUGUUCGCACAGGAGGCUCUCCUGUCGAGGAGGGCCUCCUUCUUAGUUCGUUCGAAGCUUUUGCCCUUGGCCCUUGUCUGCUCAUGAGGCCAGUGGUCCACCAGCUCCCGAGGAGGCAGCAGGCCAUGGUGACCAAGCCGAGGCCCAUGAUCCCAGGUACCGGUUCCCUCGUGCUCCACUUUAGAAGAACUCGCUUGCUUGCAGUGGCUAAGACGGCUAAGCCUGCGACCUCCAAGGGCAAGUUUGCUGCAAAAGCAGCGAAGAAGGAGCCCAAGGCCGCUGCCAAGGGGACGGCCACACCCAAGUCGCAAGCAGUGAAGACCGAGCCAACAGAAGCAGUGGGCAAGAUCGGCAUGGAGAGAGGCCAGCUGUCGGGACUGCUGACCUCGCUGUCCUACCAGUGCAAGGCCAAGAAAGCCACCCCCGAGCACAGAGCAGCAGCAGCGAAGAUCCUCAGCGACUACAAGGCAGCAGACGUGAGUGGCAAGAGCAAGAUCUUGGAGAAGCUUGUGCAGAGUGGCAUGCACUGCUUGGACUGGGCCAACGAGCUGACGAAGAACACGGAGGUUCAACACGAGGAAGCGAAUGAGUUUGUGAAAGGCUUCAUGACCCGGUCCAAAAUCCUGGAGCUCAAUGGCCUGAACGAAAGCAACCUUUCAGAGCAGGUGGCAGCCGACACCUUGCAGGACCUCCUGAGAGAGUCCGAGGAAAGGUUCAAGCACACCAGGCAAGAGCAGCCGCACAAGAACAAACUCCUGCAUCGCUACUUUUACAAGAUGCAGAAGGAGAGCACAGAGAGAGACUCUGCCACCGACACGACUCGGCACAGUCAGACGGGAACCAUGGAUGGUGGAAGCUUGGGCUCGUUGAUGGAUGCCUUCGGCAGUGGUGCCGCUUCCAGCAUUGAGGUGGACAUGAAGGGUGCCUUCAACAAGAACGUUCUUGAAAUUGCUGCCUCGCCUGCGAACCCACGAAGAACGUGGUCGUACCGGGACGAAUCGUUUGGGCACACAUUGUCGAAGCAUGCUGUUCGCAGGGGCGGGGAGUUCAGCAUGCUCGGAGUUUCAAGGGCAAUGUUGCAGAAGUUUGCAGCAAGCAAUCCAAAACCACCACUUUUGCGAGCCAGCUCAGUCAAAAAAAGGCUUCAGACCGUGCUUUAUUAG